AUGACAACAAUACCAACUUUAGUAUUAAAUCAACUUGAUGAAUCUGCACGUGGCCCGUCAGACUACUCACACUGGGUGAUACCUAAACUUUUAUUGGCAAGUGCAUAUCCAGGUGAAAGAAAUCCUAAUGCUCACAAACUUUUAAUUCGUAAGAUUAUUGAUGUUGGUGUUCAAGUUGUGGUUAAUAUUAUGGAAAUUGAAGAAUUAAAAAGAUUUACACCAUAUAAAGAUCUUAUGUUACAACUUGCUAAAGAAGAAAAACAAAAUAAUCUUAUAUGUUUCUUUGAUGAUUUAGAAAAUCGUGAAAUUGAAUUUAUUUCAUUUCCAAUUCGAGACCAAUCUGUACAUCAAGUCAAUCAAUGUGUUCUUGAUUUUUGUCUUGAACUUUGUGAUAGAAUUAAACGAGGACAAGUUGUUCUUGUUCAUUGUUGGGGUGGACAUGGUCGAACAGGAACAAUUAUUUCAAUUAUGAUUGGAAUUUUGUUUAAUCUAAAUAGUGAAGAAGCUAUAUCAAUGAAUCGUCGUUUGCAUGAUCAACGUAUAUACACAAAUGGAAUUGCAAGUCCAGAGACACAAUCUCAAAUAGAUCAAAUUCGUAUUGUUCUUGAUAUGCAUGAUAAGAACAAGGAAAAAAUUGAUAAUGAAACCAAAACAUGA